CGCCAAUGAGUGGCAGUCUCACACGACACUGUGACUGUGCGGCGUCCCUCAAAUCCAAAUCCAUGGGUCUCGAGCUUCUAUUCUCACUUUUUCUUUCAUGAUUUAUGGACACUCGUGGAUCGAUGGAUUACACGGCAAUUGGCAAAAGUAGGGAACAUUAAAGUGUUUUAUAUUUAGUUUGUGUCUGACUUAAAUAUUGCUGCUGAUAGAGGUCACUAAAGGAGUUGUGAAAGGACGUAAAGGCGAACCUCAUCAGUUGGACUGUACUGGUACCGUCACGGACAAUGUUUUCGGCAACGGGGAAGCGCUGUUUUACCAUUGAGUCUUUGGUGGCGAAGGAAACCCCUUUAACACCAGAAGACCCCAUUCGCCCCACCGCCCUAAGCUACUCGACGCCUGCUGACAGUUUUCUUAACGGGUAUCAAAGCCCCGCAGGCCGCGCGCUCUAUCCAAACCCUGAACUGGUGUUUUCGGAGACUGUGAACCACGCUCCUCUUAGCAUGCACCCACACUCGCUCGGCAGCACACACCUGCAGCACCCGCACUUCUUUGGCACGCAGCACCGUGAGCCACUCAAUUUUUACCCGUGGGUCUUAAGGAACAGGUUUUUUGGCCAUCGAUUUCAAGGGAACGACGUCUCACAGGACACGCUGUUACUACACGGCCCUUUCGCGAGGAAGCCCAAACGGAUCCGCACCGCGUUCUCGCCCUCUCAGCUCCUGCGCCUGGAGCGCGCCUUCGAGAAGAACCAUUAUGUAGUCGGAGCCGAACGGAAACAGCUCGCUAACAGCCUCAGCCUGUCUGAGACUCAGGUGAAGGUGUGGUUUCAGAACCGCAGGACCAAGUAUAAGCGACAGAAGCUGGAGGAAGAGGGCCCGGAGUGCACACAGAAGAAGAAGGGAAGCCACCACAUUAACCGCUGGAGGAUUGCCACCAAACAGAACGGAUCUGAGGACAUAGAUGUCAUGUCUGAUGCCUAAGACCAACCUAAACACUGCCCAAAUGAACACACAAGACCAAGAAAAGCACUAUUUAUUUAAUGUUAUCAGUCAUGGCAUUUCAGAUUCUAAUCCUAACUGCAGAGGACCUGACCAUGUGUUAUGGAUGAAUUAAACCAGUCAGGAAGUAAUCUUAACCCAGGACUGAACACUAUAGUUGUUUAACAUCUGCUGGAAUCUAAUGUUUGAGACAUGCCUCACCUGUAAGAAGAAAUCAUUUUCUUUCUCUCACUUUUUUUUUUUUAAUUGUAUUUAAAACUAACAAUUAAGUUAAGUUGACAAAUUUUAAUUCUGAUUAUUUUGUUGUUUCUGUGUUGAAAUGCUUUAAGACAUGCUAAUGAAAUUGAGGGCAGUUUAUAAUAAUUAUUUUAAAUGCAACAAACCUGAAAUAAGUUAAGUAAUGUGAGGAAUCAGUUUACCAGCCAGUUUUAACAUGAGCCAUCUUGUACGGCAAGGGUGUAUGUGUCUGUGUAAAUAAUGGUCUCUGUAUCUAAAAAAGUGUAGGAAUUUGUGUUAAAGCGUUUGACUGUGUGUGCGCGCGUGUGUAUGUGUGAGUAAUUUGCUUGCUGUCAUUCAGCAGGCCUACUGGUAAAUACAGGCUGAUGUAUGCAGGUCCUUGAUCAUUCUACUGGAGUCAUAAACAAAUGAAUGUUUGCCAAUUUACACAUUAGCUUCUUUAUAGUGUUCAUUCACCUCUACUUUUCAAGAAAAACAUGAUCAAAAUGUCCAAAAUUAAUAAAGAUGUUUCAGAGACAAA